AUGCAGUUUCUAUUCGUAUUUUUUUUAAUAACAAACAUCUAUAUUUCGAAUAUUCGUCUAGAAUUAUUUACUUCUAUAACACAUUUAACACAUCUAUUGAAUACUGAAGUUGAAUUAGGAAAAAGGCUCGAAGGAUAUUUAAAAGAAGAAUAUGAACGAUUGCAUAACGUUGAAAAGUUUUUGAAUGUAAUCAAAGACGAAGUUAGACAAGCACAACAAGAUAGUGAUCAUUAUUUUGGUAAUCCUGUUAAUGCCUAUUUAUUUAUUAAACAUUUAACAGCUGAAUGGUAUGCUGUAGAAGAUUUAAUCAAGCCAGAAAAUGGCAAAGAUUUAAUUAAACAAAUUGGUGAUGAUUGGAUAUUUCCAUCAUUUGAAGAUUAUACGGGUUCAGCAACAGCGUUAAUGAGAUUACAAGAUACGUAUGAAUUAAAUACGAGUCAAGUUGCAAAUGGUGAAAUUAGCUCAAAUUUUAAAUCCAAAAAGCUGAGUGCUCGAGAAUGUUUUGAUCUUGGACGUGUUGCUUAUACAAAUAAUGAUUAUUAUCAUACAUUAAUGUGGAUGCAAGAAGCAUUAGAUCAUUUAGAUAGUGAACCAGGCAAUGAUACAACGGACAAACUUGCAAUAUUAGAUCAUUUAGCUUAUGCAACAUCACAACAAGGCAAUAUUGAACAUGCAUUAGCGUUAACAGAUGAAAUGCUUAACAUUGUUCCUGAUCAUUUACGUGCAAAAAAUAAUAAAAUAUAUUAUGAAGCUAUUAUAAAGAAUCGUACAUUAACAAAACAACAACGAAAAGGUGAUUUAGGUCACGAUGAUAAUGAUUUAGGAGCAAAAAUAACACAUAUUGAAAUAAAACGAAGUACAAAUGAUAAUUUUGAAGUUAAAAAUAUACGACCAAGUGAUUAUUUAGAAGAAAGAGAAAUCUAUGAACGAUUAUGUAGACAAAAUACGACACAUUUAAAUGUAGCACGACAAUCAAAAUUAUUCUGUCGAUAUCGUCAUAACAAUCAUCCACGUUUGAUAAUAGCACCACUCAAAGAAGAAUUGUUACUUGAUCGUCCAGAAAUAUUUUUAUUUCAUGAUAUAAUUAGUUCAAAAGAUAUAGAGGAAAUCAAAUCGUUAGCAUCACCAAAAUUAAAACGAGCUGUUGUACAAAAUCCUAAAACAGCAGAAUUAGAGGCAGCAAAUUAUAGAGUGAGCAAAAGUGCAUGGUUAAGAAAUGAAGAUUCACCAGCCGUUGCUCGUCUAACUCAACUCAUUGGUGAUGCUACAAAUUUGAGUAUGAUAACUGCCGAAGAUCUUCAAAUAGCAAAUUAUGGUGUUGGAGGACAUUAUGAGCCACAUUUUGAUUUUGCUCGAGUAAGAAAAAAAUCUGAAAAAGAUGCGUUUUCAAGUCUUGGUGCCGGUAAUCGUAUAGCUACCUGGUUGACCUAUUUAAGCAAUGUAGAACGUGGAGGAGCAACCGUAUUUCCGGUUGCUGGAGCACGACUAGUCCCUAAAAAAGGAAGUGCUGCAUUCUGGUAUAAUUUAUUUGCAUCGGGUGAAGUUAAAUUAAUGUGGAAAGAUCUAAACUUAACAAAUGAUGAUCUAAUACUAUUUGCAACACGUUUUAUACGUCUGUUUAGUUAUGGAAUGUUAUCAGUUACUCUCAUUUUAUAUUUAACAGAAAUUGGUUUUUCCCAAGUGAAUAUAGGAACAUUGUUCACAUCAAUUUUAAUUGGUGAUAUAAUACUUACACUUUUUUUAACAACAACAGCCGAUAUUUUAGGACGACGAAAUAUUCUCAUCGUCGGAUCAUUGUUAAAAUUAUUUGCCGGAAUUGUUUUUGCCUUUGUGUACAACUACUAUGCAUUGUUAAUCGCAGGUACCAUAGGCAUUAUUAGUCCCACAGGCGGUGAAAUAGGACCAUUCUUAUCUAUUGAACAAGCAUGUUUGACUGAACAAGUUAAAGAUAAUGGUAAAGUCGCAAAAAUUUUUAGUUUGUAUCACGCAUGCGGCUAUAUAUCAACAGCAUUUGGAACAUUUUUAUCAGGUUUUAUUAUUCGAAUAAUGACUCAUCAUUAUUCAUUCACAACAUUAAAUGCCUAUCGUAUAAUACUACUUCAUUAUGCCCUAUUUGGUUUAAUCAAAGCCUUAAUGUAUUUGACCUUAACAUCAAAAAUUGAAGUCACACCUCUAGGAAAAUCAACGAAAGAGGAAAUAUCAACAAAAUGGUAUAGUAAAAAAUUUGGUUUACGUCUCUACGAAUCAAAGAUAACUGUUAUUAAAUUAUGUUGUUUAUUUAUCAUUGAUUCAUUUGCCGGCGGUUUUGUACUGCAAACAAUUAUUGUCUACUGGUUUCAUGAAACAUUUAAAAUGGAUACAGAUAAAUUAGGAAUAAUGAUGAUGUUAGCAAAUGUAGCAUCAGGCAUUUCAGAAUAUGAAAGACUAUCUAUUUCUUCAGCUGUAUGUGCUACACCAUUAGUAAGCAAGUUUGGUGCUAUUAAAACAAUGGUCAUCACACAUUUUCCAUCAAAUAUUUUUCUUCUACUCAUUCCAUUGAUGCCAACGAAACUCUGGGCAAUAACACUAUUAUUACUUCGAUUUUCCAUAAGUCAAAUGGAUGUUCCUGCAAGACAAACAUUUGUAAUGACAAGUGUUGAGGCAGAUGAACGAUCAGCUGCCGGUGGUAUUACCAAUUUAGUUCGAUCUAUUGGUUUAUCAAUAUCACCCUUAUUUGUCGGAUAUUCAAUGAAAGAUCCAAAUAAAAAGUUUCUAUUCGGAUUACCAUUUAUAAUUAGUGGUUUACUAAAAUGUUUGUACGACAUAUUAUUAUUUCUAAUAUUCUAUGUAAAAAAAAGACGAAUAGAAAUAACGAAUGAAAAUUCAUUAAAUAAUUUGAUGUGA